AUGCGGUUGCCUGGCGGUCUCGCCCUCGUGCUCUCCUUGGUCGUCCUCAGGGCAGCGGAGGCGAUUCCUGGCGUCCAGCUUGCCGACCCGGGCGCCUCGCUGUGCCUCGCCGAAGAGCUUGCUCCGGAGGCCAACGUCACGCUGUGCGCCUUCCUCAAGCCGACGCAAGCCGACCUUGAGGAGCAAGUGACAGUGUUCACGCUCGUCCAGAACGGGACUGUGAUGAGAGCAAGCAUUGAUGGGUCGGUGUUGAACGUGCAAUAUGCUUCGACGACGUACAGAUCUGACGACCCUUUCCUACCCAACGAGUGGCAUUACGUGUGCGUGUAUUACGACCCUCAGGAUGAGAAGGUGAAGGUGCACAUGCGAGGGAAAAACAGCGGCCUCGUGACGACACCUUUGGAGCCGGAGAACGCCACGGCCGAGGAAGCGGACGGCGAGGACGUGCUCUGCCUGGGCUCCUUCGGAGAGUCCCCGGCCUUCGGCGGCGCCAUCCUGGCCUUCUCCGUGCAGUCCUGGGAGGCGGACACGGACGCCAAACCGACGCCCUACCGGCCAGCUGACUGCACCGCCCUCUCGCCCAGCGACGCCCUCAUCACCCUCGACUCGGCGUGGACCGAGGCCGGGGGCGUGAGGCCGUUUGACGUCGAGCCGGAUCAGAUCUGCGCCGAGGCGUUCACCAAGGUCCUUGUCAGGCUCUUCGCGGGGCACCGGCCUCACGCAGGCGCGUGCAGGAGGUUGGACGGCCGCCUCCCGACCCGGAGCGAAGUGGAGACCGCCACCCUGAACAUCUCAAGGGACCUCGCCCUCAACUGUUCCAAUGCCAACAACGUCUCCUUCUGGCUCUACUGGCAGAAGCAAAGCCAUAACAUGUCGGCAACCUGCACGGCCAUGCUCGCCAACGGCAGCGUCGCAACCUACCCGUGCAUCAGCGAAGUGAUGUGCAGCAUCUGCCUCGUGCCAGCGAAGAAAAGGUUCACGCUCUAUGGGCCUCUUGAAAUAUUCGACCACCAUUACACCCUGACUGCCGACGCCGAAGGCUCAGUGCAGUUCGUCGGCGACGUCUCGACGAUACAGCAAGACGAGAACGGCUGGCUCCUGGCAUCUUCUCUCCACGUGCAGACGAUGCGCGUGACGGAGGUGCUGCCGGUGGGCAGACACAGUUGGUUCUCAAGCCUUAAGAAGAAGAAUCUGACCCUGGCGAUGACCUCCUGCGGGCCUGAGCAAUACUCCUGCGGCGACAACACGUGCAUCGCGCGAUCCGCCUUCUGCAACACCGUCAGGGACUGUCGAGACGGGAGCGACGAGAGCGCGUGCAACCCCGUGCGCCUGCCUCCCGAGUACGACAAAAACAAAAACCCGCGCCUCGGCAGUAGCUCGCAGGGCCACCUCACGUACAGCGUCUACUUGUAUGCGCUAAGUGACAUCAAAACUAUUGAAGGAAAAGUCACUCUGGAUAUGAAUAUCUAUGUCACUUACAAGGACGAGCGGGUAACAUACUGGAAUCUCAGAGACUACGAGCAGAAGGUUAACUGCGAUGAAAUCUGGCAUCCUGAGUUCAACGCUAUUGCUGGCAGAGUCACAGGCCUUGCGUAUCCAAUGGACAUCUAUGAGAAAACAUGUGGCGUUUAUGCAGGCUCGAUUGAACAGAUUCGCUCUCUUGAAGAUCCGUUUAUGGGCGAGUACUUGCCCGGAGGAGAACACGAAAUCUUCCAUUCCAUUACUUUUCGAACUACCAUUCCAUGUAACUUCAAGCUCCACCGUUACCCAUUUGGAAUACUUAUGUGCAACAUCUCCUACUAUAUCCUCGAUGCCCAGUACGACCUAGCCUUUAAAAAGUUCAGUGAGGACGAGAUGGAAGUCGAAUACGAUGGCAGUCAGGACCUCCUGGAGUACAGACUGAAGAAUGUGACUUUCGAGACAGUUUCAUAUAAGGACGACGAGCGCUACACCUACAUCCUGUUGACGCUUCAUCUGUCCAGCCUGUACGAGUACCACAUGCUCAACAGCUUCGCCCCGAGCAGCCUUAUGUUUCUGGUGACUCUCUCAACGCUGUUCUUCCCGCUCAGGGACUUCAACGAGCGCAUCGUCGUGUCCCUGACGUCGCUACUCGUGCUGGCCACCCUCUUCGCCCAGGCCAGCUCUUCGUCCGUCAAGACACCUUACUUCAAGCUGCUCGACAUCUGGUACACCGCCCUAAUCUCCCUGUGUUUCGUGUGUGUUAUCUCUAAUGCAGUCACGCACCGGCUCUUGCACAAGGAGGUCCCUGCGAUUAACGUGGUGAAACCAGUGAUGGGGAAGGGGAAAGCCUUCACCCCCAGCGACGUCUCGGCGAGGUCCUUCAACUGGGUCUCGAUUAUAGUCCUGUCGCUUCUCUUUAUUGUUCUCAUCUCUGUGUUUAUCAUGCUUGCGACUGAGAUGCUGUAGCGAGUUCCAUUCUAUUAUAAAUAAGUCUUAUCUUCGUCCUAUCUUUUAUAGAACUAUCAAAACAACGUUGUUUGUAAUAUUCAUUACCACAGUGGAGUCCUUACCUGAUUUGAAUAUUGAUAUUUUUACACUUAUAAAUUGCUUUUAUUUCCUUGUGUCAGUUUACUCGUUAUUAUUAUUGAUCCUAAUAAUGGUAACAUUAUCUCAAUUAUGUUUCGUUUUAUUUAAAAUUAUAACUCAUUUUAUUUUUUUUCUCUCUCUCUUUCUCAUGAUCACUAUUUUUUUUUCAGAUUCUUUAUCCCAAGAUCCUUCUAUCUGUAUUUCAUUAGCACAAUGUUGUGUAAUAGUUCACUAGAUAUUAACUAUUAAUGUUUACUGCUGUACAAUUCCAUGCCAUAUGAAACUUCACGACUGAAAUCUCUCAUUAAAAAAAAAUGAUAAAAAUUCUGUUUCUAUUUUUUCUUUCUUUCUUUCUAAUAUAAAGCACUCUUUACCAUUAAAGAAAAUGUACAGAAUAUUCUCCAGACACAGAGAUAAAAGAAAAGAAAGAAAAUAAUGAAUUAAAGAUUAAAUGAAAAGGUUUCAAGUAGAACCGAGGCCACUAGAAGCUGCAACAGUAAUGGA